UUCAGGUAUUAUGGCCAUCUUGUUCUCAGGAAUUGUGAUGUCUCAUUACACACACCACAAUUUGUCACCGGUUACUCAGAUUCUUAUGCAACAGACACUAAGAACAGUGGCCUUCCUGUGUGAAACCUGCGUCUUUGCUUUCCUUGGCCUGUCAAUAUUCAGUUUCCCACACAAGUUUGAAAUUUCUUUUGUGAUUUGGUGUAUUGUGCUGGUCCUGCUGGGACGUGCUGUUAAUAUUUUCCCCUUGACCUAUCUGCUCAAUUUCUUUCGGGACCACAAAAUCACCCCGAAGAUGAUGUUCAUCAUGUGGUUCAGUGGUUUACGAGGAGCUAUUCCAUACGCACUGAGCCUUCACUUGGAGCUGGAGCCGAUGGAGAAGCGUCAGUUGAUUGGCACUACUACUAUUAUCAUUGUGCUCUUCACCAUCUUGCUGAUGGGUGGAGGCACCAUGCCUCUCAUCCGACUCAUAGACAUUGAGGAAUCAAAAGCUCGGAAAAAAAGCAAGAAAGAUGUCAUUCUGAGCAAAACUGAAAAAAUGGGGAACACAAUAGAGUCUGAGCACCUGUCCGAGCUGACGGAGGAGGAAUACGAGUCUCAAUACAUCAAGCAGCACAAUCUCAAGGGUUUCAUGUGGUUGGACGCUAAAUACCUAAACCCAUUCUUCACACGCCGGCUAACACAGGAGGAUCUUCAUCAUGGACGCAUACAGAUGAAAAGCCUCACUAACAAGUGGUAUGAAGAGGUGCGGCAGGGUCCAUCUGGAUCCGAGGACGAAGAUGAGCAGGAGCUCUUAUAAUAAUGGGCGUUGUAGACUUAAAUAUAUAAGCGGUCAUAUACACUGGAGGUUGCUUCACCAGGCCUUGCCCUUGUCUCCACUGUGCCCCACCCACUUGGAUUUGGACAUCUUGAGCCUCCCCUGUCUAGAAAGGACUAUAAUGUGAUGACCUAGCAGGUUGGCCAGAGAGUCCUCACACAACUCUGAGUCACUGGAUUCUGUGAUUACAUAUAAAGAUUUUUCUAAAAGAAAAUGAUAACUUAUUCCCAGCAAAAGUGGAGGUGUAGCCAGUCUGAGUGUUUAUUCAGCACAGGUUUGAAAAGAAAAGCAGUGACCUGACUGGUUGACUUGCCUUCAAGAGGAGCAUUUUAUGACGCAUUAUGUGAUGGCUCCUUUGCUUUGUUCUAAUCUCUUCUGUGUCGGUGUCAGUGAUUGGCCGAUGCCACUUUAUUUAGUCUCCUCUUCAGUGUUGGACUCCUCCCCUCAAGUGCUAAAUAAGGCUUUAUAGGUCUCACGGAGGGCAUAUCUUAUGUGCCCUAUGUUUGACCCUGCCUUUGUACAAGCACCUCCAUGGCUUACCUCCAGAUGCCCCCUCCAUACAGCUUCUUCACUUACGUUUAUGAGAUAUUUAUGAGUUAAGAUGUGGAGUGGCUGGCCACGGGGUGGCCACUCCCUGUGUCUUCACUGUGAGCACCGUCUAGCGGUGUAUAUGAAGUAAGGUCGCCAUCUCAUGGGCUGCACAGGACUUGUUUACAAGGUAUUUAUUUCUCAGAUUUUCCAGUUUUGGAUGAAUAAGGAUCUGGGUGAAUCUUCAGGUGAAGGGAUAUAAGUGCAUCCUAGCAAUCCAUGAAUAAUAUUAUUUAUCCUAUUAAUGAAGAGAAAUGUCUGUUUCGUUAUCUUUAAUCGCUUAAAUAAAUGAUUUCCUUAUUUUCUUAUAACUUCCUUUUUAGACGUGUCAGUGACAUCUAGUUAUCCCCACAACCUUGUGUCUUACUGAUGAGGCAGAAUACGAGUUAUUUGCUGUAUCUUUUAGUGCCACAAGGUGGCAGCGUAUACUUACAGUAGCCAAAACGGCAUCCCAGCAACUAAGUGUACUAUUACAUCGGUGCUAGACUUCUAUGCAAGGGUCAAUAUAAGGACUGAGAUCCUCUACAUGGAUAAUAUGUAUGGACUAAAUAUUUUAAGGUUCUCUGGAAAAGUACAUGAAUAAGGGUGACUGCUAAGUGCUAAUCUGUGCCUAUGAUAGAACAUAAGGGUAUGGCCACACAGUCAGGUUUCUGCAUUGGAAGCCAAGAUCAGGAGUGGAUCAUAAAAGGAGAGAAAGUAUAAAGGACAGAAAGGACAACUUCUC